UUCAAUUUUAGUAUCAUCAUAUCACAUCUAUAAGUAUAUAUGACGCAUAUGUCUACCCAAACCAAACCGAGAUGAGUUUUGGAGUUCGUCUUCUUCUGUUUCUCAUACUAACCCUUCCACUUGUUACAUCCUCUGGCCGCAACACUCUUUCUGUUUCAGGAAUUGGGAAGACAAGGGUAGCAAAAAGAUUAUUGAUGGAGAGCACCGAGGAUUAUGGUGAUCCAUCUGCAAACACCAGACACGAUCCCAGCGUUCCAACCAAUGCAAAGGCUUACACAACACCUUAAAAGUCGUUGAUUUUACUUGUGUAGUGUAAUCUAUAUGUUGAAUAAAUAUGUAAUAGUAUCUGCUUUGAGCGAGUUGAAUUACAGUCAUCUGAGUAGCAAAUAUGCAAAAUCUUGUGAAGACCAUGUAAAGAUAUGUAUCAAUCCAACAAUUUGGGGACAAUAAGGCAUGGUUUUGUGUUAACACAAAACAACACGUUUUGGUA